GCGGCUCAGCCCUAGUUCUCCCGCCUUGCCGACAUAAGCGGAGAAUCGAAACUGCGCUGGGCUCUAUGCCGCAGAAACCUGCAGCCACUAGUUCUCCAGGCCUCCAGCAGGACUCCGUCCCGCCCAGCUCACCCACCAUGCCGCCUCCGGAGGUCUCCUCUGAAGGCCAACAGUCCAGCCACAGCCACAGCCCGGUAGAGGAAUCUGUGGAGGAGGAGUUCCAGUUCCUGAACUGCCAGGGCUGCCAGACCCAGGCCAAGUGCCCCAAGCUACUGCCCUGCCUGCACACGCUGUGCUCCACAUGCCUAGAGGCUCCCAGCCUGCAGUGCCCCAUCUGCCAGGUGCCCCAGCUGGCAGGUUCUGUGCAGGCCCUGGACAAUGUGUUCUUCGAGAGCUUGCAGCGGCGCCUGAUGCUGUACCAACAGAUCAUGGAUGCCCAGGCCACCUGCACCCGCUGCAGGGAGCCGGCCGACUCCUGGUGCUUCGAGUGUGAGCAGCUGCUGUGCACCAAGUGCUUUGAGGCACACCAGUGGUUCCUCAAGCAUGAGGCGCGGCCACUGGCCGAGCUCCGCCAGCACUCGGCGCAUGAGUUCCUGGAUGGCACACGCAAGUCCAACAACAUCUUCUGCUCCAACCCCAACCACCGCAACCCCACACAGACUAGCCUCUACUGCCGGGGCUGCUCCAAGCCUCUGUGCUGCUCCUGCGCGAUCCUAGACAGUGACCACGGCGACCUCAGGUGUGACAUCAGCAUGGAAAUCCAGCAGUGGCAGUCUGAGCUGGAUGUGAUGGCGCGCGCGCUGCAGGAGCAGGAUGGCUCCUUCGGAGCGGUGCGCGAGCAGGUGAGCUCGGCCAUCCGUCAGCUGGGCCACGCACGCACCGAAACGGAGGAGCAGAUCCGCGCGCAGGUGCGCCAGGUGGUGGCGUAUGUGCAGGCGCGGGAGCAGGAGCUGCUGGAGGCAGUGCAAGCACAGUACCAGCGUGACUACGAGGGCAUGGCCAGACGCCUGAGUCGCCUGGACGCUGUGCUGCAGCGCAUCCGCGUUGGUGGCACCCUGGUGCAGAGGAUGAAGCGCUAUGCCUCGGACCAGGAGAUGUUGGACAUGCACGGCUUCCUGCGCGAGGCGCUGUGCCGCCUGCGCCAGGAGGAGCCGCAGCACCUGCAGUCCCCGGUGCGCACUGACAGCUUUGACGAGAUCAAGGUGCGCCUCCAGGACCUCAUCUCUUGCAUCCCUCAGGGGACAGAUGCCGCUUUGUCCAAGAGAGUCAUCUCAGAAGGCUCCAGCAUGCCUAGUGACUCCUCUGUCAGCAACCAACCCAGCGAGGCACAGAAAGCACAGGCCAAGGCCCUGGGGCUGUCUGAAGCCCAGCCAGCAGCAGUAGUGCAGUUGGUCCCCAGAGAACCCUCAGGGCCCAUCUAUGCCUUCUCCAUCAGAAGUCCCUCAUCUGGAGAGGUCUCCAAUGAACCUUCCCCUAAGAAGAGAAAGUCCUGCCAGACCCAGUGCUCCAGGAAGGUCAUCAAGUUGGAGUCGGAGGAGGACAAGGAGUUGCCCUUGGAUCCCAGCCCCAGCGAGCAGCCCAGGCCCAGCACCUCCAGGGCAGUCUCGCCCCCGCACCUGGACAGGCCUGCCCAGCCUGAGAGCCCCAGUGAGGGAAAAGAGGUCUUGCAGCCCAACAACACCCAAGUGACCAGCGUUGCUGCAGAGGCAGAUGAGCCCAUCGUGGUGAUCAGCAGCUCAGAAGACUCCGAUGCUGAGAACUUGUCCUUCCAGGAGCUUGACGACAGCAGCAGUGAGUCCAGCGACCUGCAGCUGGAGGGGCCCAGCUCCCUCCCUGUCGACCAGAGCCUCACCAACCCUCAGGCAGAAGACAGGCCCCUGGUGUUCUUUAACCUCAAGAUCGACAAUCAAACUCAGAAGAUUAGCCAGCUGGCGGCUGUGAACCGGGAGAGCAAGUUCCGCGUGCUCAUCCAGCCAGAAGCCUUCAACAGCUUCUACACCAAGGCCGUCUCCCUGGAGACAGGGCUGCGGCACUUUCUUAGCUUCCUAAAGUCAAUGAACCGCCCCAUCUUGGUCUGCUAUAACCUGUGGGGGCCCAGCAUCCCCAACUUCUUCAGGGCCCUGGAGGACAUUAACAGGCUCUGGGAGUUCCAGGAGGCCAUCUCGGGCUUCCUCUCUGUGCUACCCCUCAUCCGGGAGCAGGUUCCUGGAGCCAGGAGCUUCAGACUCAAGAGCCUGGCCAAGACCUACCUGGCGAGAAACAUGAGCAGGAGCAGCGCCCUGGCUACCGUGCUGGCCAUGCGCGACCUGUACCGCCUGCUUGAGAUCUCACCCGGCCCGCAGCUGGCGCAGCAUGUCUACUCCUUCAGCAGCCUGCAGUGCUUCUCUUCUCUGCAGCCCCUGGUGCAGGCAGCCGUCUUGUCCCAGGCAGAGGCCCGGCUCUUGGCCCUGCACAGCGUGAGCUUCCUGGAGCUGCUCACAGCACACCGUUGUGACCCCCUGCGUGGCCUGAAGAAGUACGACCACUACCUGAGCCCACAGGGCACCACCCCCUCUGCACAGCCCUCAGGCCACCUGCAAGCCCUGAGGACCUACCUGGACAGCCUGCUGAAGGAGCCAGCCUAAGCCUGGGCGGAAGGCGUCUCUGUCUUACUGGCCCCAAGCAGAGCUGAGGGAUCCCUGAGCCAGGUCUUGAGUACCCAGCAUUCCCAGCACCUGGUCCCCAGCACUCAGUAAUCCUUCAGCCCUUAAUCAAUAUCCUUUCUCUGGGACCAAAUUCUCCUUUGCUGAAAACCCUACAGAGGAGGCCAGGCACCCACUCCCAGGGGUACCAAGGUACCCCAUCAAGGAGCCCAAACUGGGGAGGCCCUGAGUGAGGCAAGGGUGACCUCUGGUCUCCAAGGCCCUAUAACUCCUUCCCAGAGCCCACACAUAAGGUACCCAUGGUACUCAAAGUGCCUUCCACACCAAACUGCCCACCCACAAGUAUGGGUUCUACCAGCCCCUGCCUCUACUUCCACUCUUUUUGUCCUUUAUGGAGCAUAUUCAUCCAAAAGGGGCAUUUGGUACAGAAAGCAUCAGAAACUGCGCCUUCCUUUCCCAGCCUGCACUAAAAUGC